AUGGCGAAGAGAAUCAGUUUGUUAGACAAAAAGGAGAUCAUCCGGUUCCACAAGAUCCAGGCGUCACGCGAUCCCCACCACAAACAAACCCAUACCAUCAAGCACUUUGCACACCAAUUCACCAUCCCAAAGUCCACCUUGAAUCGGUGGUUAAUUGAGGAUUCCAAAUUGAAGAAAUCCGUUGUUCGACGUGAGAAACCCCUUCGACAACCGCUUGUUAAUAUCGAGGAAGAGUACGUACAAGAUGAGAAGCCGGCUCCAAGGAUAGAGACUCCCGAACCUGUUGAUCCGAGUGAAGAUUUCGACUUGAAAGGUGCAAAUAUGGUAAGCUCGAUUCUUGUGCAACAUUUUACGGAGAUGACACUCCAAAAGCAGCAAGUCCAACUCGACUUCAAUCUCGUCAAAGCUGUCACCCAUGCCGUCAAACGGAUUUUUCCUGAUAUUAGGCUCCCAAAACCAGCAUAUUUUAUGAACCAGCUCACCAAAGAAAACAUCGUACACCUCGAAGGCAGCUUGACCGAGCAGUUGAGUAUCAAACAAACAUACAGCUCGUUGAGUAAGGAAUCUUUGAGGUUGGAUAAGAUGUUUAAGCUGUAUGAGUCGUCGCAUAUAUACCAAUUCAACGAGUUCACCAUCAACUUGACCGAGUACCUCGAACUUUUUGGUGAAGACGUCAGACUAAAGCUUGAUCUCAGAAACAAAAACUACUGUAUUACGGUGGGAAUUGGAUUCAAUCUACUGGGAACCGAGUUCCUCAAGCCGGUGAUUGUCACCAAUUUUUCUGACAGUAUCAACGAUCCGGAUGUGAUCCACAACCAAACAGGAUUCAUGUCCAACUACAUCUUCAACCGGUACUUUGGAACGUUGAAUCGUAAGUUCAGGGACCGCCGACAGCGGGUUCUCUUCAUCAUCGACCGAACAUCCAACCAUUUUUUGGCUAAUAAGUUCACCCACAUCAAGCUAUUGUACAAUAACUUGAACAAUUUCCCAUUGAACUUUGGAAUCCAGUCCAUGUACGCCAAAGCAGUUACCGUCAGUAUUCUCGACCAUUUCCAACGAGAAAGUAACUUAAAUGCAGUUCCUGACAUCGUCAAAGUAUCUUUGAACCACAUGUCUAAUAAGCUCUCGAGUUCGCGAGCUUACAGCAAAUUUUUCAGCCAUUGCAUCGAUCUAUGCCUCAACCACUCACAUAUCACCAACUACUCCAAGUUGAUCCGCAUUCGAAUGAAUAGCUCGUUCCACUACUCCAAUACCAGUAAAUGCCUAGUGCUUAACUCCCACGAAAACUACAUCAAAAACUGGCUCAAAAAGCUCCAGUUACCGGUUUUUUGCAUCCUUUCCAAAUCCGCCACUCCCAAGUACGACCUCGACACAAUUGUCAAGAGUAACUUUAUUAAGGAGCACCGGCCAAAUCCCGAAGAGCCAUUGGAUAUGAAGAACAUCAUUACCAUGAGAAGGAUGCUCGAGUCUUCGGGUGCAAGUAUUACAAGUAUGCUGCUCUUCGACCAACUUUAUACCUCGUUGAGCCAGGACUUGCUCCAACUAGAAGAUGAGAUCGAAGACUGGAACAGCGACGACAACUUCGAUCUCGACUCGUUUGACUUGAACAGCGUGACAUCGAUUCCGCCCGAGUUCUUGGAACCAGCAUCCACCAGCCAUCAGGAGGUGCAACACUCUUCUACUCCACAGACAUCCAUUCCGUUCAAGCACCCUUCGCGGCGGCCAUCUGCGACCCGAGACCGUAGCAGUUCCAUUUCUCAGACCAGUGCAACAUCCAGGCGGAUGCUGAUAUUGGCGUCCGGUGACCGAGUUAACCGAAUCGCCCAGUUCAGUGACGCAGCCAUUGAAUCUGAUUCGGAAAUGGAUUCGCAAUUUGCUUAUCUCUCUGACAUUUCCAACAACUCUGAUAGCCUCAGGCGCGUGAACCGGCGUCAGUCACAGAUCAAAUACGCCGAGAGCAUGGAUAGUGACCAUGAGUAGUUUAAACUGUAUUUAUUAUGUGUAUACUAUAUUAUGUGUAUUAUACUGAUUGUAUGACAAAACCGCUAAGAAACGGGCCGUCACGAUUGCUUGGCUGCAAACGGGCAGAAUUUUCUUUUUUCCUCGGUGCGCAUCGGAAGGCUUUUGUAUAUAUCCUCCAGGUCGCCCCGGCAACUGCUUAUCGUCACAUAUUUUCCCCCAUCCACUAUGAAGUUAUUUGAAAGCUCGCAUGACUUCCAUUAUCCCUGGGACCAGGUGACGGCCGCAAAUUGGCAGAAGUACCCCAACGAACUCUCGUCGCACGUGGUAUCGGUCGAUAUCUUAAACCGAUACAUCGAUCCCGCCACAAACGUAUUACGAACAGAACGUUUGAUUGGAUGUAAACAGCCCAUUCCCAAGUGGCUCUCGAUGUUGGUGGGAGGACAAGAGUAUUCGUACGUGAGAGAAAUCAGCGAAAUCGACUUGAGCACCAAGACUCUUGUGAUGAAAAGCACAAACUUGACAAUGAACCAUUUAUUACAGGUUAACGAAACCGUCACGUAUCGACCUGACCAUGAGCUCCCCAAUAGCCGGACCCACUUCACACAAAAGGCCGAGAUCACGGCCUUCGCCAGCUUCUCGCGUGUGUGUGAUAAGAUUGAAGAAUGGUCUGUUGAGAGAUUUGGCCAAAAUGCUAACACUGGAAAACAGGCAUUUGAGAGCGUGUUGAAGACCUUGACCGCCAAAUGGGAGGAGUCGGGUGUUUUUGUGGUGGAUAUCGGAACCUCCUUGUUGAACGACUUGAAUCAUGUUACCGAUAAGACAUCGACGGUGUUGGCGGAAGUAUCGAAAUUGGGAAAUGUUUUUAAGGACAAAGAAUAGGAACCGCAUCUUGUAAAUAUCGAAGGGUCAAAGUUCCCCCUGGGACCCGUACAUAUCAGCAUAGACAAAUAUAUUGCAUUCAUCAUCGGUAUACCACCGGUUCGCAUUUUUCACGGUCGCAACAUCUCCAUGAACCACUCAAUUCCCACCGACUUCAGCCCCAAGCAGAGAAGCAUUCUCUACGAGCUCUCAAUGAUUCUUGAGACCGCUAACUCCAUCAACACCAACCUCUCGCGGUCCAUUGACUUGGUCCAUCCUUCCAUCAACCUUGAGUCCUUAGAGGCCGAUGUUCGUGAAAACACCCACAACUUGAAAAAUAUUUUGCAAUUGCUUGGGACCUUGACGUCCACUGACCCCGACGUGGACUUAUUGAUGGACUCCGACCACAACUAGGCGGGAUCGGGAUUUUGGCCCCUUCUUUGGCUGGUUUUCACUCACAUCUUCCUCACUGAAAAACCAUACGCGUUUUUCUCAGUAAUCCAAUGGACAACAAACAAGCACAACUCGUGGAACAGUACCAGGAAGCGAAGCUUCAGGGCGACUAUGUGGACGAUGACGAUCUUCUUGAGCUACUAGAUGAGGAUGACUCGGUGUUGCAACAGUACCGAGCAUCUCGGAUCCAACAGCUCAGUCAGGAGUUCAAGGCUAUCGACGACGCCCACUCCAGUGGAUCCGAUUUUGGAAGCGUACAACACUUCGACAACGAGAAGAAGUUGAUGGAAACCGUUGCUCGUACCGACUAUGCCAUCGUGCACUUCUACCAGCCGGGUUUUGCGAAGUGCAACAUCAUGAAUAAUAAGUUACUGUUGUUGGCAGAAAAACACUUGACGGUCAAAGUGUGUUCGAUCAAAGCCGAAGAGGCUCCGUUUUUGGUAAACAAAUUGAACGUAAAAGUACUCCCAUUUGUGGUAAUAUAUAAGUCUGGUAAGGAGUUAGACCGGCUUGUGGGGUUUGAAAGACUCGGAAACGAUCCAUCCAAUUUCAGCUACUCCAGCCUCGAAGCCAUGCUUUUGCGCUUGGGGGUUCUUCAGCGUAAGACCAUCAACUUUGCGUCCACAAACACUGGUUCCAAUACUCAUAAUGACGAUGACGAAGAAAGUGAUUUAGAUCUCUAACGAGCAUGUAAAUAGCUGCCGAAUACACACCCAAAAGCGAUGCCUGCGAGUAGGAGACUUGAGGUUCCUCGAGCUGCUACCUACCAGAGCCAUGCUGGCACUGCUGCUAUGUAUGCCACCGUACCGGGCAAUUCUAUUGCUGAUAACCCUAUCUCCUAGCAUGGCCCUCCAC